GGAGGAGCAGCGGCAGCGGCGGCGGCGGCGAGCGGGUGACCAUGGAGGAUGAGGAGGAGCCCAGAGGUGCCUCAGCAGAGGAGCCCCAUGAUGAGAGGAGAGAGGUCCCUGGCCUGCCUGACAGAGACCCUACCCUGGCCCCCAGCCCAGCCCCCUUGCCCUCAGCCAUCAUCCUGCGGGCUCUCCAGCAGGCAGUAGGGGGUUCACUGCAGGGGGAGCUGACCAGUGAGAAAGACGUCCCUCGAGCUCGAGGUCCCCGAAGGAAACGCUGUCGGAGCCCCAGAGCCGAGCUCUGCCUCAGGGGGGCAGGCGGGACUGAUGCUGCUGCCGUGGUGGACCUUGCUGCCCGCAGCUUUCUGGCUGGGCUCGUGGGAGUUCUUGAGCCCCCGGCCUCCUGGAUCUCAGGCCGGCUGGACUUCCCGGCUGCGGAGGAGGAGCCCGCUGAGAUGCUGGAGCUGGUGGCAGAGGUCCAGCUGGGAGAUGGAGCUCCCCUCUCUCUACCCAUCUCUCACCCACUCCAUGGCAGCCGGGCCUGGCGGCUCAACAAGUCAGGGUCUCUUCUGCAGCCUGGCUUCCUGGACCCUACCAGUGCCUCCUCCCGCCUCCCGCUGCUGACCAUGGGCACAGGAGAUGGGGGGCCAGCCCCGCCACCGGCCCCCUCCUCUACCUCCUCCUCUCCUUCAUCCUCCCCACGGUCCUCAUCGUCCUCCCCCCCGCCCCCCCCACCCCCUCCCGCAGCUCCUCGCUAUGACAUCUAUGACCCCUUCCACCCCACGGAUGAGGCUUAUUCCCCACCGCCUGCACCUGAGCAGAAAUAUGACCCCUUUGAGCCCACGGGCUCCAACCCUAGCUCCUCAGGGGGCACACCAUCUCCUGGGGAGGAGGAGGAAGAGGAGGAGGAGGAGGAAGAGGAGGAGGAAGAGGAGGAGGAGGAAGAAGAGGAGGAGGAUGAGGAAGGCCUUUCACAUAGCAUCAGUCGAAUCUCUGAGACUCUGGCAGGCAUCUAUGACGAUAACAGUCUGAGCCAGGAUUUCCCCAGUGGGGAGAGCCCUGGGCCAGAGCCUCCACCCCCAGCAGGCUCUGGCUCCCCACCCCAGGCCGACUCAACCCGGGUGGAGGGUGGUCCCCCACGCCGAAGAGUCUUUGUGGUGGGGGCUGAGGCAGAGGCUUCGAGAGGGGAAGGCAAGCUGUCCCUGGAGGUGGUUACCACGGGGGCCCCCUUCCCUCCGGCUGCCCCACCUCUGGACUCUGAGAUCGAGGAAGGGGAGAUCGUGCAGCCGGAGGAGGAGCUGCGCUUUGCUCCCGUGGCACUGUUCCGUGGAGCUGGGGGCCGAGCCCCCCGGCCUAACCCCCCUUCAGCUAGUGCUGCCGCCACUGCCCCAGCCGCACCACUGCCCCCUCCGCCAGCUCGGGGCCCUGAGGGCGACGACUUCCUUUCUCUGCACGCGGAGUCUGACGGGGAAGGGGCCCUGCAGGUGGACCUGGGUGACCCCGUCCCCACCGCACCUCCUGCUACAUCCUCCGACCCCCGGUGGACCGGCCUGGAUCUUCGGCGCAAGAUCCUGACCCAGCGGCGGGAGCGCUAUCGGCAGCGGUCUCCCUCCCCAUCCACAGCCCCCGCCGCCCCGCCCCAGCCUCCCAGGAAGAAGUCCAAGCGGGAUCACAAGCGAGAGGCCAAGGAGACGCCGGCCCCGCCGGCCCCACCCAGCCCGCCGGCCCCCGUGGCCUGGGACCCCAAGAAGCACCGGUCACGGGACCGCAAGCCCAGCUCUCGGUCCUCGCGCCGCCGGUCGCGCUCCCGCUCCCCACGGCCACGGUCCUCCUGGUCGCCAAGCUCCGAGAGGAGGAGAGGGGGGCGCCGGUCCCGGUCCCGAGAGAAGCGGAGGAGGCGGCGGCGAAGGUCUUCCGCGUCGCCCCCUCCAGCGUCCUCGUCCUCCAGGCGGGAGCGGCACCGGACCAAGCACCGCGGCGAAGGCAGCAGCAAGAAGAAGAAGAAACGGUCUCGGUCGAGGGGCGAGAAGCGGGGCGGGGGGGACCCUGAGAAGGUGUCAGUGGCUGGGACAGAGAGGGAGAGUCGGCGACGGGGGGCCGUGCCCCCGUCCAUUCAGGACCUCACGGACCACGACCUCUUUUCCAUCAAGCGGACCAUCACAGUGGGGAGGGCCGAGAAGCCCACGUCGCGCUCGGCCUCCGUGGCUGGGAGCGGCCCUGCCCCAGCUUCGCCCCUGCCCAAGCGGGAGGUUCUCUAUGACUCGGAAGGGCUGAGCUGUGAGGAGAGGGGAGGUGGGGGCGGGAAGGGGUCUAGUGAGAAGGAGCGCAAGCGGUCAGCAGCCCUGGCCCCCCGGGAGAAGGGGCGGAAGAAGACGGCCUCCUCGGAGGGUGCAGAGCGCGAGCGGGAUAAAGGGUCCAAGAAGGCCCGGCCAUCCUCAGGCAAAGAAGCGGCCCCCAAGACUGCCAGCGGGGGCAGCGGGCGCAAGGUCAAGCUUCAGUCCAAGGUGGCGGUCCUGAUCCGAGAGGGCGUCAGCAGCACGACCUCCGCCAAGGAGGUGGCCACGGCGACGGCCCCCAGCUCCAUUGGGGUCAAAUUCAGCCGUGACCGCGAGAGCCGGUCUCCCUUCUUGAAGGCCGACGAGAAGGCGUCUGGCGAGCCUGGCAAAGGGGUGGCCCCGGGAGGCCCCAAGCUGAAGAAGGCCAAAGUCAAGGCUAAGGCUGGCCUCAAAAAGGUCAAAGGGUCAAAGGUGAAGACGAAAGGCACCAAAACUAAGAAGAAGAAGGCCGGCGGAAGCAGCGGCGGGACGACCCUGAAGAAGUCCAAGGCCGACAGCUGCAGCCAGGCUGGACCCAAGGGAGCUGAGGAGACUUCUUGGUCAGGGGAGGAACGGGCCCCGGGCAAGCCCCCCAGUCCCCCUACCCCAAAGGCAGCCCCGCCGCCCCCAGCCCUCACGCCCGACUCGCAGACCGUGGACAGCAGCUGCAAGACACCCGACGUGUCCUUCUUGCCCGAGGAGCCGGCUAGGGCCGGAGGCCGGGGUCGAGGCCGAGGAGACCGGGAAGAUGGGGACGAGGAAGAGGAGGAGGAGGAAGAAGAGGAGGAGCAGCCUGGCACCACCACGGCCUCUGGGGGAGGAGCAGGAGCGGGAGCAGGAGGGGCAGGCGGUAUCGGCACGGCUGAGGCGGCACCGGAGGAGGGGCCCCCGACCCGGGCCCCCCCGCCCCCGGUCCCCCCGCCCCCCAUGCCUUGGAAUUUGCCAGCCGGGGUGGAUUGUGCCACCAGCGGCGUGUUGGCCUUGACUGCUCUGCUCUUCAAGAUGGAGGAGGCCAAUCUGGCCAGCCGGGCCAAAGCCCAGGAACUGAUCCAGGCCACCAACCAGAUCCUCGGCCAUGCGAAGCCACCCUCAGCCCUGGGUGGGGCUCAGGCCCCAGGUGGCGCUGUGCUGGGGCUCCCCCCUGGGCCUUCGGGCUACCUGCUUCAUGGUGGGGGCAGCAUGGGGCUGCCUCUGGGUGGUUGCAGCUCCUCUCCCCCUUCGCCCGGAGGCCUGGCUGGGGGCCCUGACCGCAGGGAAGGCAGCAGCAGCUCCGAUGGGCGGAUGGACACCGACAAAUACCUGAAAAAGCUGCAUACGCAGGAGCGGGCAGUGGAGGAGGUGAAGCUCGCCAUCAAGCCCUACUACCAGAAGAAGGACAUCACCAAGGAGGAGUACAAGGACAUCCUGAGGAAGGCUGUGCACAAGAUCUGUCACAGCAAGAGUGGGGAAAUCAACCCCGUGAAGGUGAGCAACCUGGUCCGGGCCUACGUCCAGCGCUACCGCUACUUUCGCAAGCACGGCCGCAAGCCUGGCGAUCCCUCUGGGCCUUCUCGGCAGUCUAAGGAACCUGCACCUCCUGACAAGUGUGGCCCGGUCCUGCCCGUGCCCCCGCUCUGAGCCCUGCCUGUCUGGGCCCUGACAUAUUUAUGUCUCUCCUUCCUUCUCCCCUCAGCCACAGCUUCGUGGGAUUGGGGGGUGAUGGGGGAGGGGACCCGUCUGGCCCAGCUAGACUUCUCCCCAACGCCCCCAGGCCCACUUCUUCUUCCCUCCUUGUGCCCUCUUCUCUCCAGCCCUAGUUAAGGAUUUCAUGAAAUGUUACACCCUCCA